CGGGCUUCUCCCGAAGCGGCGUCCCCGAAGGCCCGCUCCCCCCGGAGGCCCCAGAGGGCGCCGCGCGAGGCCACCCCGAGCCGGACGCCGGGCAGGAGCCUGGCCACCGCGGGGCACCUGUACGAGGCUGUGAUGGGCGGCAAGAGCGCGACCGUGGCCGUGGUCGACGAGUGGCUGGACAGCUACAAGCAGGAAAAGGAGGCGGGGCUUCUGGAGCUCAUCAACUUCAUCGUGCAGUGCUGCGGCUGUAAAGGGGUGGUGAGCAGGGAGAUGUUCGAUACAAUGCAGAACGCUGAGAUCAUCAGUAUAUUGACCAAAGAGUUCAAUGAGGACUCUGUGAAGUACCCGCUGUCGUCCCCGGGGCCGCAGUGGCGGCGGUUCCGCGCCGGCCUGUGCGAGUUUGUGCGCGUGCUGGUGCGCCGCUGCCAGAACAGCCUGCUGUACGACGAGUACCUGUUCUCCGCCCUGCUGGCGCUGCUCACCGGCCUGACGGACUCCCAGGUCCGAGCUUUCCGCCACACCAGCACCUUCAUCGCGAUGAAGCUGAUGACGGCUGUGGUGGAGGUGGCGGUGGUGGUGUUCACUCGGGCGGAGACGACGCAGCGGCGUUACGAGGUGGAGCGGGGCAAAGGGGUGGAGCGCCGGGCGCAGGAGCGGCUGGAGGAGCUACAGGCCGCGCACAGAGAGCUGCAGGAGCACCAGGAGGAGCUGCGCAGCCUGAUGAACGGCGUCUUCAAGGGCGUGUUCGUCCACCGCUACCGCGACCGCGUGCCCGAGAUCCGGGCCGCCUGCGUGGAGGAGAUGGGGGUGUGGCUGAGGGAGAACCCCGGCUCCUUCCUGAACGACGGCUACCUCAAGUACCUGGGCUGGACCCUCCACGACAAGGUGGGCAUGGUCCGUCUGCAGUGUGUGCUUGCGCUGCAGGGCCUGUACCAGGAGCAGGACUUCAUUGGCCGCCUGGAGCUCUUCACCAAUAGGUUCAAGACCGAGGAGGGUUUGUCUGAGGAGGACUGCUCGCGCGUGUACCCGCUGGUCUACGCCUCACACAGGGGACUGGCCUCUGCUGCCGGGGCCUUCCUCUGCCACAAGUUGUGCAAGGAGAGCCAGGACGGGGAGGUGGAGAACUACAGAGCCACCUUCGUCAGCCUGCUCGUCUCCUUCUAUAUACAGAGCAAGUUCCAUGAACAUGGGGCGUACCUGGUGGACAGCCUGUGGGGGAGCGCAGGGGCGGAGCUUAGGGACUGGGAGACGAUGACAGCGUUACUGCUACAGGAGAAGGGGCAGGACCAGACUCUGAAGGAUGAGGAGGAGGGGGCUCUUAUUGAGCUGAUGAUGUGCGCAGUCAGACAGGCAGCUGAGACCCGCCCCCCUGUGGGGAGGGCCCCCCCCAGCAAGAAGAUGCUGAGUGUGAAGGAUAAGAAAGCCCAGGAGCAGGACAGGAGACGCCUCACCUCCCACUUCAUCCUGGUGCUGCCACAGCUCUUAGCCAAGUACUCAGCGGACGUGGAGAAAGUGAGCUGUCUGCUGAAGGCCCCGCUGUACUUUGACCUGGAGACCUACAGCAGCACAGGCCGCCUGGAGAAGUACCUGGACCUGCUGCUCUCCCAGGUGUGCGGCAUCGUGGAGAAGCACACGGAGGACGGCGUGCUGGAGGCGUGCGCCCGCGUGGCCGGCGCUCUCUGCUCCGACCGCUACACCUUCUCCGCCCGCGCCAGCCUGGCCGUCGGGCGGCUGCUGGACGCCCAGGCGGACAGAUUCACUUCCCAGCUGACCGAUCUGCUGCAGGGCAGUGCAGAUGAUGAGGAGCUCUACAGUGCAGCCAGCACUCUGAAGAGGAUCUCUGCCUUCAGCAGUGCUAAGGACCUGACGAGCUGGCAGCUGUUUGACCCCUGCAUUCAGAUCCUCAGGUGUGGAGUGGAGUCAACAGACAUCAGCAAAGAGCUGAUGGUUCCUGCACUUAAAUGCGCCUCUUUUCACGUGCUGUGGGAGAAAGUGAGAUUCAGCAACUCCACCCCUACCAAGGCAGAGCUGAAGAGGCUGAAGCAGAAGGUUCAGUCCCUGUUUGCUUUGUGUCAGAGCUGUCUGUCUCUGACUGAAGCAGAUAUCAGGGACCAGGCCUUUAUGUUGCUGUGUGACCUGCUGCUGGUGUUCAGUGUGGGGGUGCCACACCUCCCCGUGGACGUGUCCCUGCGUGCCGAAAUGGCCUCCUUCCUGCUGGACUACAUCUUCAGCGACCCCGAGGAGGACCCCAGCAAUGAGGAUGAGGAGCUGGAGAUGGCGAAGAUCGCAGCUCUUCAGCGCCGUCGGAACCAGCUGGCCGGAUACUGCAAGCUGGUGAUCUACGGCGUCCUGGAGCUUGCCUCCGCGUCCGACAUCUUUAAAUACUACAGCAAGUUCUACCGGGACUAUGGUGACAUCAUCAAGGAGACUCUCAGCAAAGCCAAGAUCAUCAGCCAAGUGGAGAGCGCCAAGACCGUGUGUCUCUGCCUUCAGCAGCUGUUCUCGGAGUGCCCUCGCUCUGACGGGGAGGUGCAGGGGAGCGCGCAGGAGUUCAGGGAGAUCAGGGAGCUGGCCCGGCGCCUGGCCAUGACCUUCGGCGUCGACCUGCACCGAGUCCGCAAGCCGCUGGUGUCCCUGCACGAGGAGGGAAUGAGCUUUGCCUUUCAGGGCUCAGGCGAGGGGGGCAAGCCUCCCCCAAACCUGCUGUUCCUGGAGGUCCUGAGCGAGUUCAGCUACAAACUGCUACGACAGGACCGAGCCAAUCUGCUGGCCUCGCUGAAGCGCCUGUGCCCCACACCCCUCCCGGCCUGGCCGUCCCUCAUCAUGUACCAGCGCUCCCUGCGGGGCGGGGCCAGGGUCAGAGAAGGGGAGGAGUCUGAAGGCACAGCCACGCCCCUCAAGCGCAGGAGGACCGUGGCCGAAGCCUCUAGCCCGCCGGAGGGGGAGUCGCUGGACAGGAGUGGUUUCCCUGUUAACCUGCCCACCCCAGCCCUGACCUCCACCAUGCUGAGGCAGCCCUCCAAGCCGCAGCCUGGGCCAGAGGCUCCGCUGUCUGGUAGAGAGGGCUCCUCAGAACCAGCAUCUGAGGACGAGUUCACCGAGAGUCCGCUGAUUCGUCGGAGAGGGCGUCAGUCAUCUUUGGCCCGGGCUCCCAGCCCCACCUCUGCACACAGUGACCUGGACUCCCACCUCAACCUACUGUCCCUAAUUGAAGAGGAUGAGGAGGAAGAGGAAGAGCCAGAGAUUGAAGACUUUCCAAGUGAUGAAUCCGACCAGGAGACGCGCGUGACUCUGCCUUCCACCCGUCGGUCCAGCAGCUACCUGGAGAGCCUGUUUGAAUGAGAGGUUUCAGGAGGGACGGGCAGCUGUCCAUCUGCCCACGCUGUUCGCAGUGGUCCGCUGCUCGAGAUCAGCCAGCCACAUUCUUAAGCCUUGUGUUCCUGAGUUCUAACUUGACUUAUUAUUGACGUGUAAAUACAAGAAUAUUUCUUUAAGAAUGUUUUGACGGUUAUCAUCAACAGAGCAACGUUCGUGCUACUUAACUUCUCUUGGACUUUUGUAUGGUGUUACUUCUGAGCUACAACAAUUUUUGGUCCGUACGGAAUCACAGCAAACCAGAGAAUAUCGGACAGCAAAGUUACUUGACUUGUCUUAGAAUUGAGACUUCAUAUGGUGUUCUGUCGAGGUCAUUUCUGAACUAAGACAAAAGAUUUUUGGUCUUUGUGGCAAACCUGGGAACAGUGGUCGAGGAAGUAGAGACGAGCAGACAGUGAAGUUCAGGUUUACGCACUUAAACCGAGUGUAGCGUACCGAAGCUGGGGCUAGCGCACAGUUAAACAGAGACUAGCCAAGCAAAUUUGAGAUUGGCACAUACCAAAACUGGGACUAGCGCACAGUCAAGCUACGUUUAGCACAUAAUAGCACUCAGAUUUGCACAAGGCAGAGCUUAGUUGCAAUCACUGUGGGUGUGAGACUUAAUUAAUGUUUGUCCACUUCUGUUUUCAUCCGUUCAAUUAUUCAUGCAUUUCAGUUGGCACUAAAGCUUUAAAAUAAAAAGUAUUUUCUGAAAGUG